CCCCGCCCCGGCCCUAGUGGGUGGGCGCAGCCUCCUGCCCUUCUUCGAGAUCCGAGCGGACCAGCUGGGGGUGGGGCAGGACGGAGUGGCCACGUGGGCCGCGCGGAGAACGCGCCACGCUCAUCACCUGGAUCAUCGUGCCUCAGUUUCCCCCUCGCAAAUGGGGCUUCAGCGGCUCGCGACGCACAUUGAUAGAGCGUAUGUCCAGGCGCCGGUGCACCGCAAGGAGCAAAAUAGACAGUCCUUGGUCCUAGGGCUCACGUCCCGGGGCGAAGAGGAUCCUCCAUAAACGAUCAGGUAUUGAAAUUGCCAAAAACAGAGGAGCAAGAUACAGGCUUGGACCAGAGCUGGAAAUAUGUGGCUACGGAUGUUGGGAUCAUUAUUACGAGUCGGACACCCUCUUGCACUCGUUUCAAGUCCUAGCGGCUCUUCUGGAGUCUCCCGUCACUCAGGACAUCAUCUGCGACGUGGGGAUGCCUGUAAUGCAUCGAAACGUCCGCUACAACUGCAGAGUGAUAUUCCUCAACAGGAAGAUCCUGCUCAUCAGACCCAAGAUGGCCUUGGCCAACGAAGGCAACUACCGCGAGCUGCGCUGGUUCACCCCGUGGUCGAGGAGUCGGCACACAGAGGAGUACUUUCUGCCUCGGAUGAUACAGGACCUGACAAAGCAGGAAACCGUGCCCUUCGGAGACGCGGUGCUGGUGACGUGGGACACCUGCAUUGGAAGUGAGAUCUGUGAGGAGCUCUGGACACCCCACAGCCCGCACAUCGACAUGGGCCUGGAUGGCGUGGAGAUCAUCACCAAUGCCUCGGGCAGCCACCACGUGCUGCGCAAAGCCAACACCAGGGUGGAUCUCGUGACUAUGGCCACCAGCAAGAAUGGUGGGAUUUACUUGCUGGCCAACCAGAAGGGCUGUGAUGGGGACCGCCUCUACUAUGACGGCUGUGCCAUGAUCGCCAUGAACGGAAGUGUCUUUGCUCGAGGAUCCCAGUUUUCUCUGGAUGACGUGGAAGUCCUGACGGCCACGCUGGAUCUGGAGGACGUCCGGAGCUACAGGGCGGAGAUUUCAUCUCGAAACCUGGAGGCCAGCAGGGCAAGCCCCUACCCCAGAGUGAAGGUGGACUUUGCCCUCUCGUGCCACGAGGACUUGCUGGCACCCGUCUCUGAGCCCAUCGAGUGGAAAUACCACAGCCCUGAGGAGGAGAUAAGCCUUGGACCUGCCUGCUGGCUCUGGGAUUUUUUAAGACGAAGCCAACAGGCAGGGUUUUUGCUGCCCUUGAGUGGCGGGGUGGACAGCGCAGCCACCGCCUGCCUCAUCUACUCCAUGUGCUGCCAGGUCUGUGAGGCCGUGAGGAGCGGAAAUGAGGAAGUGCUGGCUGAUGUCCGCACCAUCGUGAACCAGAUCAGCUACACCCCCCAGGAUCCCCGAGACCUCUGCGGACGCAUACUGACCACCUGCUACAUGGCCAGCAAGAACUCCUCCCAGGAGACGUGCACCCGGGCCAGAGAGUUGGCCCAGCAGAUUGGAAGCCACCACAUCAGUUUCAACAUCGAUCCAGCCGUGAAGGCCGUCAUGGGCAUCUUCAGCCUGGUGACGGGGAAGAGCCCUCUGUUCGCAGCUCAUGGAGGAAGCAGCAGGGAAAACCUGGCCCUGCAAAAUGUGCAGGCUCGAAUACGGAUGGUCCUCGCCUAUCUGUUUGCUCAGCUGAGCCUCUGGUCUCGGGGCAUCCGCGGUGGACUCCUCGUGCUGGGAUCCGCCAACGUGGAUGAGAGUCUCCUGGGCUACCUGACCAAGUACGACUGCUCCAGUGCGGACGUCAACCCCAUAGGCGGGAUCAGCAAGACGGACCUGAGGGCCUUCGUCCAGUUCUGCAUCGAGCGCUUCCAGCUUCCUGCCCUGCAGAGCAUCCUGUCGGCACUGGCCACUGCAGAGCUGGAGCCCUUGGCUGAUGGACAGGUGUCCCAGACUGACGAGGAAGAUAUGGGGAUGACGUAUGCGGAGCUCUCGGUCUAUGGGAAACUCAGGAAGGUGGCCAAGAUGGGGCCCUACAGCAUGUUCUGCAAACUCCUCGGCAUGUGGAGACACAUCUGCACCCCAAGACAGGUCGCUGACAAAGUGAAGCGGUUUUUCUCCAAGUACUCCAUGAACAGACACAAGAUGACCACGCUCACACCCGCAUACCACGCCGAGAACUACAGCCCUGAGGACAACAGGUUUGAUCUGCGACCAUUUCUAUACAACACGGGCUGGCCUUGGCAGUUUCGGUGCAUAGAAAAUCAGGUAAAUCCAGCAGGAAUGUUUCUCUCUCCAUGUUUCAUGUCUGUAGAAGAAACGUGAAGUUAUUUCCAUGAAGGAUUGAAAAACUUUCUUAUAUACGCAGUGACUUUUUUACUGUCCUCCUUUCUGCAAAGGGACAAGUAUGUUUAAAGCGUUUUUUAAAUUUACUUUUUUCAUGUUGACAAAUAAAAGUUCUAUAUAUUGAUGAUGUCCAACAUGACGUUUCGAUAUGUGUGUCACGGUGGAAUGGCUAAGUCAAGCUAUUUCACAUGUGCAUGCAUUACCCCACAUGCCUAUUAUUUGUCUGUGGUGAGAGCACUUAAAAUCUACUCUCUUAGCAAUUUUCCUAUAUUAACUACAGUCACCAUGUCGUGCACUGGAUCUGUUGACCUUACUUCUUCUGUGGCCUUUGACCAACAUCUCCCCACCCACCAGCCCCCAGUAGCCACCGUCACACUCUCUGCUUCCACGAGAUCACCUUUUUGAGAUUCCACAGACGAAUCAGACCAUGCAAUAUUUGUCUUUCUCUGCCUGGCUUAUUUCACUUAAGAUGUUCGUGUAGGUUCAUCCAUAUUGUUGCAAAUGGCAGAAUUUCCUUCUUUCCUAAGGCUGCAUAGUUCUCCACUGUGUGUGUGCACCGCACUUUCUCUAUCCACUCAUCCAUCGGUGGGUGCUCAGGCUGAUUCCACAGCUGGGCAGUUGGGAAUGGCGCUGCGGUGAACACGGGCAUGCAGAUGUCUCGUCAGCAGAUGAGUUCAUUUCCUGUCAGUUAUUCCCAGUAGUGGGGUGGCUGGAUCGUAUGGUGGUUCUAUUUGUAAUCUUUGGAGGAAUCUCUGCACUGCUUUCCACAAUGGCUACACUAACUGCCGAGUGUGUUUAGAGUCUGGCGUGCACUCCUUUAGGCUGGGCUCUAUUUGCCGGCAUUACAUAAACUAAAAUUAGCAGCUGGACACCCCUCUAUGAAUAUGGUGACAAUCACCGUCGUUUCUAAGCAGCCGGGGUAUCCAGAUGGCGUCAUGGCUUCCAACCCACCCUGCUUUCCUUUUCUUUUUUCUAAUUAAUUAUUAAUAGAAUCAAGGAAGGACAAUACAAUCAAUGAAAAAGGAUAGGCCCUUCCCUUUUCCAAAGCCAGGGUGGGAGCCAUGACAGAGCAGCUUGGCCAUGGCCUUCCUAGCGCAGGGGAUCAUCUUAUGAGAGGAGAGAGCCGGCCAGUGAGUCACUGUCAACAAUGAUAAAUCAGAGGCCGGCUGCAAUGGCUCACGCCUGCCGUCCCAGCACUUUGAGAGGAUCACCUGACCCCAGGAGUUGGAGACCAGCCUGGGCAGCAUGGCAAAACCCCAUCUCUACAAAAAAUACAACAAUUAGCCAAACCUGGUGGUGCACACCUGUGGUUCCAGCUACUUGGGAGGCUGAGGAGGGAGAAUCGCCUGAGCCAAGGAGAUGGAGGCUGCAGUGAGCUGUGAUCGUGCCACUGCACUCCAGCCUAGGUGACAGAGCCAGAGCCUGUUGCAAAACAAAAUUUUAAUUAAAAAAAUUAAAAACAAUGACAAAUCCUGAGGAGUCUACACUGAGCUAGAGGACACCUAGUGUCCUUCCAGCACCUGUGAGACCAUAGCACAGUGUGAUCAGUGCACAACAGAGGCACAUACAGGUGCUGUAUGACCACAGAGUAGUCACUUUCUAGUCAGAAAGAUGUCUUGAACUCUUCCUUAAGGACAUGAGGAAAACCCUCCUCUGCUGAGCUAGAGGACACGAGGUGCCACUUUAUACCUCGUGAUCGAUGACAGCAUCUCUGAGCAGGUGGCGUGUAAACAAGGGUGGAUCAGUGGCGGGGGUUCUACAUCUGGGACCGUUGACCUGCCCGAGGGGACAUUAGGCGAUGACUGGAGAUGAUUGUGGUUAUCACGACUGGGCGGGGGUCUGUGCUCCCAGCAUCCUGUGGGUAGAGCCCAGGGAUGCUGCUGAAUGUCCUACCAUGUGCAGGACGGGCCCCUCCCAACCCCACGCCCAGCAGAGAAUUCUUCGUUCCACGUGUUGGUGGUGCCAAGGUUGAGGAAUGCUGACAUUUGGGACUAGAAGGCAUUUGGGGCUGCAUGGUUGUAAGGAAGAGAUACUGUGUCUGGCUGAUUUCCAUGGAAUGGAACUUGCUGAAAGAGUGACUUAGAGGGUGGAAGCGAGGGCAGGGGUCACAGGGUCUGGAAAGCUGGGACUCAGGCCAGGUGGCUGCUGCCCUAUAUCCCCUGCUGUGGCUGGACGGAGCCCACGUGCCACACCCGGCCUAGGCUGGAUGCCAACCUCCUCUGCCAUCCCUGAGUCCCAGUGUCCCUGGGUCACCAGGCAGUGGAGUGGCCAAGCCUCAGGUGACGGGCCCUGUCAUUCGGCCACCCAGGGCAGGAGAGGGAGCUGCCCCAGCUCUGGCCUCUGUAGUGGGAGGUGGGGGCUUGGCUCCCACCAAGAUGUACUCAGGGGUGGGCUCCCCCAGAUCCGGAAGGGGGUUCAGACACUAUGCAGCCAAAAGAAUGAUGCAUGUGGGAACAUCAGAGACAGCUGCAGGUAAAGGUGGAGACACUGCUGUCAUCUGCAGUGACAGCUAUGCGUGUGCUGGACCCGCCCCUCCAGGCUUUUCCAGCGCACACUCCCAGCAUCUGGUGGGGACUCUGGUAAUUUACUUUUCCUCACCUCUGGGACUUGUGACCCGCUUUUGGUGUGUGCCAGUGUUUCGACAGCCCCACAGUCCGUCUUCGUGGGGCUGUGGUGUCACAGGCCUCUCUUUCUAGGUGCUACAGCUCGAGAGGGCAGAGCCACAGUCCCUGGACGGCGUGGACUGAGGCUGGUUCCUUCCUGGAGGCCUCCUCUCCUCGGGGACCCCAGCACCUCGUCAUCAACAUUGCUGGAGCCAAGGGUAGGAGCCCUGCACUAGGAGCCCAGGACGGCAUGGCGCAUCAGCCGAGAAGGAGGGAAGUUUUCAGUCAAAUUCCUCAAAAAGAGGCUGGAAUAAAGCCUGGGCUUAAAAAGAG